AUGGCGAAGAAGACGAGCAAGCGUGCUGCAGCGCCCGCAGAUGCUGCCAAGGGCUCAGCUGCUGAGGCUGCUAAUAAGUCGGCUGCGCUUGCAUCAACGCCUGUGGAAGGGAGGGAGGCGGACAAUGAAGGGGCGGAAGAAGAAGGGGUUCAGCAGGCGACAGAGAGCAGGCGAGUGCAGAAGAGGGCUGCCAAGCAGACGAGGCUCAUGGACAAUUUGAGGCGAACUCAGACUCUCAUUGCUGCUGCGAGGGGAGACUCAAAGACCAAGAAGGCAUCUAAGAAGAAGAAGAAAGGAGCAGUGUCCAAUUUGCCAACCAGCCUCACACUGGACACACUCGCAUCAUCGCUGGGGGACGCCCUGCCGGACGCACUGGCUCUGGGCAAGGAGGGGGAGAAGCGGCUGUCAGCGAAGCAGCGCGGGAAGAUCGUAGUUGAAGAGACCAAGCAAAUGGCUGCAGUGCUGUCACACCCCGCCUUCAAAGCCAACCCCUUCAAAGCCAUUCAGCAGCACCUCUCAAACACUCUUCCCUCGGCAGUCGCCCCUCCCCCUCUCCCUACCAAGUUCGCAACGAGGCAAGCCCAACAAGCCUUGGAGAAGAAGAAGAAAAAGAAGAAGAAAGCGAAGAAGAAAGCAGGUGGUGGAGUGCAGCAUGGGGAAGAUGCCAUGGAGAUGUAA